AUGUCCCCGCGCAUAUCAUUAUCAAUCACACAGCUCCGCCCGCGCGUGCUAGCGCGAGGUAGCCAACCGGGCGUAAUCCGCAGCUACACCAUCUCGCAGCGUCUCCACUCCCCAGAUGCGUCAGCGGUAGCCUCGUCAUUCCUAUCGCGCUUCCAAUCCCUAGGACCCCAGACCCGGACACAAAUUAUAGAUUCCAAUCAGCUCCAGCUCCUUACCCUCACCCUCAAUCGCCCAACUCUCUUCCCCGGAUCUCCUUCGCUAUCCAAUGGCGCAUCCGCCCCGCAGUCCGAGACACCCCUGCCGCCGGGCUACCACCUCGCGUAUUUCACGCCUGCAUUCAUGGAGAGUGAACUAGGCCCCGAUGGAACUGAUGCAUCGUAUAAUCCCGACGUACCCUUCACGCGACGCAUGUGGGCAGGCGGCGAGGUGCUCUGGCCACGCGGUGCCGAUGGGAAACCCAAUUUGUUGCGGGUAGGACAGCAAGUGCAGGAGACAACGCGGGUGCUUAAUGCUGAGUCUAAGGUUGUUAAGAAGACUGGUGAGGAUAUGAUCGUUGUUGGGGUCGAGAAGGAAUUCUCGAAUGAGCACGGCGUGUCAAUUAUUGAUCGAAGGAACUGGGUGUUCCGUAAAGCUCUCCCCUUCCCUACAGAGUCAAAGUCUCCCAGCGCUCCCUCGACAGAAUCUCAUCUUGCGACUCUGAAUCCUACUUCAAGUGCUAUCUCUACGGAGGGCAACACUCACUCGCGAACAUUGGUUCAAACGCCUGUGACACUCUUCCGUUUCUCUGCUCUGACCUUUAACCCUCAUAAGAUUCACUAUUCCUUACCCUGGGCUCGAGACGUCGAAGGGCACAAGGAUGUCGUCGUGCACGGCCCGUUAAAUUUGAUUUCGAUUUUAGAUCUUUGGCGAGACAUUCGCAGUUCAAAUGUCGCGGAUCCAACACUGGUCGUACCUGAGCGCAUCUCUUACCGUGCUACGAGUCCUUUGUAUGCUGGGGAUGAGUAUCGCAUUGUUCUUGAGGAAGGCGAUGUGACAAAGGUGCAGAUUAUUGCACCCGGAGGAGUUAUUGCUAUGAAGGCUGAAAUUCAAUAA